AUGAGCAGAUGGGAUGGCAGAAGUGGGGGCCGCAGGGAUACAGAAAUCGGUCGGUGGAACGAGCUCGAAGGAAAAGCUCCUUCGUCCAAACGGGCAUUCACGUUCCGCCGAGUAAUGGACCUCACCGACGAAAAAAAGUUCAAGUAUUCCGAGGUGGAUGUCGAGUCUCGCGAGCUCCGAGGCCUUUUGAGGAAGGUGAUCGGAGACUCGUACCCAGGCCAAAGUUGGGAAGGGAAUACUAUCAACCUGAUAGCUCCUUUUGCGCCUGUUGUCCACUACUGGAAAGAGCUCUCUGAAGCAAGCAGAGAGAUCGACGUAAAGGACAGUCUUGCCAUCAAAGCAGCGAGGAAAGACCUCAACAGUCUCCUCGAGUGCAUAUCGACCUGUACUGAAUUGGAGUCGUACUUUAAAACUCGGGAUUCCAAUUUGGAAUCCCACACUGUCACCUAUCAGACCAUUUGGACCUUGUUUCGGCCGGGCACCUUGGUCGUCGCAAGACCCUUUAUGAACCUACCUCAGGUCUUUGAGGUGAAGGCGUCGCCAGAUCCAUGGGAAGAUCGGAGACUGAACAUCGAAUGCUGGGGCUACGAUUGGAACGGGAAAGAAAUCGUGAGAGUUACCUUCGAGUUUCCCAUUGAAAAAUUCAGGGGCACCAAGGAGAUCAGUUCGCUGUUUUGUUACCCCUUGGAGUACUUUAGAGACGAAAAGGAAAACUUCGAUCAAUCCCUUCGGAAGGAGCUUUUGGAAAGGGGCAAAUGGUUUCUCGAAGUGUGUCAAACAACCGGAGCCAAGCAAAUGUUCGAGUACGAUGGGCAAGCAUUUUCCAGCAGAAGGAGCCUCGCCAGGGCUAGUGUGAAGGGACGAUAUAUCGUUGAUGCUGCUGCUUAUCUACAGUUUGGCCCCGGCAUUCCAUUGCUUGGAAAGUACGAGCCCACAGAUGUCGAGCCUUUCAGCCAAGCCCACGACGAGCAGAGCGCCGAUGAGGAUGCCCACCAGCGCCUUCUAUACCCACCGAGGGUACUAGGAUACGCAACUCAACAAAAGAUGUGGGCUCAGUUCAAAGUCCACAACACCAAGCAUGUGCCGUCUGAUCUCUCAAACGCAUUUGACGACAAGCUCGAACUGGACAAAAAGGACAAGAACAUGAUCAAGGCGCUUGUGGAGAACCACGAAAGCAGCAAGGACGCAAGUCAGACGCAAGUGAACGACAUUAUCGAAAGCAAGGGCAAAAACCUCGUUAUACUAUUACAUGGGCCUCCAGGCGUUGGGAAAACUCUCACGGCCGAAACCAUUGCAGAGGCCACGCGCAAGCCACUUUUGGUCGUCACCGUUGCUGAGAUCGGACUGGAUGCGUCAAAGGCAGAGAAAAGCCUGGAGCAGAUAUUCUACCUUGCCGGGACGUGGGAGGCGAUUCUCCUGAUCGACGAAGCGGACGUCUUUCUGGAAUCUCUUCUGCUCCGUGUCCUCGAGUACUUCGAAGGCGUCAUGAUCCUGACGACGAACCGCAUCACUUCCCUCGACAUUGCCGUGCAGUCGCGUAUCCACCUGGCGAUCCGGUACAACGACCUGUCCAAGGAUCAGAAGAUCAAGAUCUUCAACAUCUUCCUCAGCCAGCUCAUUGCCGACGGCAAGGUGGACGCCGAGGGCAUCGACGAGUGGAUCCGAUGGGUCGGCAGCGAGGCCGAGGUCAACGGCCGCCAGAUCCGCAACAUCGUGUCCUCGGCGUAUCUGUUGGCGCGCAGCCUGCGCCGGAACCUGCGCAGAGAGGAUCUCCAGGACGUCAACGGCAUCAUGAAGAAGUUCCAGAAGCAGUUGGAGACGUUGACCGCGGCGGCGAGGAAGCAGAAUGAGGGCCAAUUGAACACCUUGGGCGGGUACGGAUAG